CAUGCUUUCCCCUACACCCCCACAGUCGACAUCCUCUCCUUCUACGUUGUGUACAUGUCCUAUCACAUCGAACCCCGCUCCAUCACUUCCUACCUUUCCGGCAUCUGCAGCUCGCUCGAAAGCUACUACCCCGGUGUCCGCAAGCUCCGCAACGAUCCGCUCGUCGCGCGCACUCUCAGGGGCUGCAUGCGCAUGCGGAGCAAACCAGUGCAGCGCAAGAGAGCCCUCGAGUGCACUGACCUACAACGCGCUAUCACCACGCACCCGCCCAGAUCGUAUGAUGAUCACCUUUUCAUGGCGCUCCUCUUCACGGGUUUCCACUGCCUUCUGCGGCUCGGCGACAUGGUCCAGCCCGACAAGCCAGAACUUCGUACCCUACGGAAGAUCACCCGCCGAGCUUCCCUCACUCUCGAUGAUGAGCCAGUCACUUUCACUCUCCCCACGCACAAGUCUGAUCGCGCAUUUGAGGGUGACCAUGUCGUCCUUACCAACUUGAUCAACGCCGGCCCGGAUCCCGUUGCCAUCUUCCGCACGUAUCUCCGCGGUCGCGAUGCGCUCUUCCCAUUCCACAUCGAGCUCUGGCUGCGUGCGGACAGCUCCGUGCCGACCAGAAACUGGUUCUGCCGUCGCCUCCACGCCAUUUUCCCCCGCGACAUCUCCGGCCACUCAAUGCGCGCAGGUGGGGCGACUGCACUUGCGAUAGCAGGCGUACCCGGCCCCAUCAUACAA